AUGGUUUAUGAACUAGGUCUAUUAAAUGAGGUCUACACGUCAGUGCCCACAGAGGUUGAACUGUUCCCUUUUACCGAGACUAAAGGGAAUUCUGAUGAAGAAGAACUCCUUGAUGAGGAGCUAGAUGAAGAUCAAAUCUUGGCCAACCUGUCCCCCGAAGAGCUGAAAGAACUGCAGUCAGAAAUGGAGGUCAUGGCCCCUGACCCCAGCCUUCCUGUGGGAAUGAUUCAGAAGGAUCAAACUGACAAGCCCCCCACGGGAAACUUUGAUCACAGAUCGCUCGUUGAUUACAUGUAUUGGCAGAAGGCGUCCAGGCGCAUGCUGGAGGAUGAACGGGUCCCCGUCACCUUUGUGCAAUCCGAGGAAAAUACUCAACAACAUGAAGAAAUAAACAAGGGUAAUAAAAGCAUGUCCCAAUUUUUAAGAGAAAAGCUAAAUAAUGAAAUAACUGCAAACAAAAUACAGUCAAAGGAUAGCAACCAGGUCCAAGAAACUGGUGAUGAUGAUGAUGAUGAUGAUGCAGACGAAGAAGAUGAAGAUGAAGAUGAGGAAGAUGAAGAUGAUGAAGGAGAAGAUGAUGGUGAAAAUGAUGGAGACACUGAAAAAGAAGAGGAAAAUGAAGCAAAGGAGCAAAUCAGGAAUUGCAAGAGCACCUGUCAACAGAUAACUAAUAAAGCACUUGAAGAAGAGAGAGACAGACCAGAGGCACAAGAAGCAAGUGUGAAAAAAAUAUCAAAAUUAGACCCUAAGAAGUUAGCUCUAGAUACCAGUUUUCUGAAGGUUAGUGCAAGGCCUUCAGGAAACCAGACAGACCUGGACGGGAGCUUGCGGCGAGUUAGACAGAAUGACCCCGACAUGAAGGAGCUCAACUUGAACAACAUUGAAAACAUCCCCAAAGAGAUGUUACUGGACUUUGUCAACGCCAUGAAGAAAAACAAGCACAUCAAAACUUUCAGUUUAGCCAACGUGGGUGCGGAUGAGAACGUAGCGUUCGCCUUGGCUAACAUGUUGCGUGAAAAUAGGAGCAUUACCACUCUCAACAUCGAGUCCAAUUUCAUCACAGGCAAAGGAAUUGUGGCCAUCAUGAGGUGUCUCCAGUUCAACGAGACACUGACUGAACUUCGGUUUCACAACCAGAGGCACAUGCUAGGCCACCAUGCUGAAAUGGAAAUCUCCAGGCUUCUAAAGGCAAACAACACUCUACUGAAGAUGGGCUACCAUUUUGAGCUUCCGGGUCCCAGAAUGGUGGUAACUAAUCUGCUCACCAGGAAUCAGGAUAAGCAAAGGCAGAAAAGACAAGAAGAACAAAAACAACAGCAACUCAAAGAGCAGAGGAAGUUGAUCGCCAUGUUGGAGAAUGGGUUGGGGCUGCCUCCUGGAAUGUGGGAGAUGCUGGGAGGACCAAUGCCGGAUUCCAGAAUGCAGGAGUUCCUCCAGCCUUCUCCUCCUCGACCUCCCAACUCCCAAGCAGUCCCCUUCAGUCGACGAAACGAGAUGAUGAAAAAGCCAUCGCAGCCUCCCCAGUACAAGACAGACCCUGACUCUUUCCGGGUGGUGAAACUGAAGAGAAUCCAGCGCAAAUCUCGGAUGCCGGAAGCCAGAGAACCGCCUGAGAAAACCAACCUCAAAGAUGUGAUCAAAACACUCAAACCGGUGCCGAGAAAUAGGCCGCCCCCGUUGGUGGAAAUCACUCCCAGAGAUCAGCUCUUGAAUGACAUUCGUCACAGCAAUGUCGCCUAUCUUAAACCUGUACAACUGCCAAAAGAGCUGGCAUAAGUGAUGGCAGAAUCGUCUGGAAGAACAAGAAAUGGAAACGGUGACUCCUGGAUUAGAGUUGGGGACUGUUUCCGAAGCGGCACUUGUGGAUUCGGAUGGCAGAACAGGGAACCACACCAACGACUGACGGGGGUAUUUGUAAAAGGAGAAUGCUUGGGCCGUGGCAAAGUAGGGACUGAAGAGGAAGGGGACGCUAUUGAUAUGGAGAGGGACAUCUACUUCCUACCAAUCUGAGUGACUUAGGUGAAAUUCAAAGUCAAGCUUUCAUGAGCAGAAAUUUAAAAAAAAAAUAAUUU